CUCUCUCUCUCUCUCUCUCUCUCUCUCUCUCUCUCUCUCUCUCUCUCUCUCUCUCCCAGCUGAGCUGAAACCUGCCUGACAACCUCUGCCUUUGAAUCCAGCUCUGAAAACAGAUGCAUCAUUUUAUUGUUCUCCCAUGUGAUCGCAUCAGGCUAGAGAUGCUCCCUAGGAAGGACCCACAGCAUCCAGGCAUGGGGACUUUGCAAUCUGCCUGAGGAGUUUCUGCUUUCUUGCCUGAAAUUUGGCGGUGGAAGGAAGUUUUUCGUUGAUUUGUUUACUUAAAAUAUUGAAAAGUUUCUUACGGAUGCCUGAAAUGGAUCCCAGUUUUAAAAUAGGGGUUGAGUCAGAUCUUUCUGAGACAUGUCUGACCAUUUCCUACUGGACCAACACAUGGAACAUCUAGAGAAACUUGGCAGGAGAAAUGACAUCUGAUUUGCAACUCUCACGCUCUGAGAAAAAUCAUCAGACUGGUUGAAGAGGGAAAUUAAAAUAUUAAGGACAAUGUCUUUCCUCCUCAGCAACUUAACAAAUGACUCUAACCUGUGGAAAGGAAGUCAUAAUUCUACGGACCUUGUGAAUUCGCCAGCAACUCUCACCCUUUCUCUUUUUUGCCUGAUCUGUUUAAUGACUCUCGCAGCUCUGGUGGGCAGCAUUUUCUCACUGAUUUCCCUGCUGACCAUGCAACACAGAACUGUUGUGUCCAUGCUUGUGGCUUCCUGGUCUGUGGAUGAUCUCUUGAGCGUCUUGUCAGUGGCCAUCUUCAUGUUUUUGCAGUGGCCCAAACAGGCUCCGGGCUACUUCCAGUCUCUGUGCACCACCUCUGCCUUACUGUAUUUGUGCCAGGGCCUCUCCAGCAACUUGAAGGCGACUCUUAUAGUCUGCUACAACUUUUAUACGAUGCACAGGACAGGGGCAAGUCAGUCGGCCUCCUUGCGAUCAGGACAGGUGCUUGGUGUGGCUUUGACUGUGUGGGCAGUCAGCCUGCUGCUGGCCGCGCUCCCGCUGUGUGGCUGGGGCUUCUUCGUGCGCACGCCCUGGGGCUGCUUGACCGACUGCUCCAGUCCCUAUGUGCUUCUCCUCUUCGCGGUGUACGCUUCCGCCUUUGGGCUCCUGGCUGUUCUCUCUGUCCCUCUCACUCACCAGCUGCUGUGUUCCGAGGAACCGCCGAGACUCCACGCCAACUACCAGGAAAUUUCCCGCGGCACCUCCACUCCUGGGACCCCUGCUGCUGGGGGAAGAGUGCUCUGUAUGUCGCCAGAGGAUGUUGCGAUCCCUGCUCUCCGAUGCGCUGGGGGAUGCUCCCCGAGCUCUGACAUGGUGUUUGGCCCAGGUCAGUCUGCUGCCUCGGGCUCUGGAGCCAGCAGGCGAGAGAAUCCCGGGACUCCCCAUGGCACCAGCAGCUUCCCUGUGAGCCUGGCACAGAAGCGCUUUGCUUUGAUCCUAGCGCUGACUAAAGUCAUCCUUUGGCUACCCAUGAUGAUCCACAUGGUGGUAAAACACGUGGUGGGGUUUCAGAGCCUUCCGGUCGAUAUGCUCAGCUUUCUACUAACCCUGCUGGCCAGCAUUGUAACCCCCGUGUUUGUCUUGUCCAAACGCUGGUCCCACUUGCCUUGUGGCUGCAUCAUCAACUGCCAGCCAGACGCCUACUCCGUUGCAUUCGAUGGGAAAAAGUCAAAGAGGAAAGGCUUUGAAUUCAAUCUAUCAUUCCAACAAAGUUAUGGAAUCUAUAAAAUAUCACAUACAGAUUACUAUGAGGAUGAUGAAAAUUCCAUAUCCUGUCACAACCUGAAGAACUGUGAGUGUGAAGCUACAAAGGAGCCUGGGGGAGACAACCACAAUGUCCUCCAUGCUGUAACAGUGGAAAUCAGCACCACUCCACCUUUGGACAGCACCACACUGUCAGGCAUCAACAAGUGCACCAACACUGAUACCCCAGAGGCCAAACAGGGCUUGAAUGGAGAAAAGAGUGCUUUUUCAGUUAAAACAGAAAGCGAUAUUAACUAUGAAGAAACCGCCACUUUUGAAGGUCCAGAAAGACGACUGUCUCAUGAGGAGAAUCAGAAACCAGAUCUUUCAGACUGGGAGUGGUGCAGGAGUAAGUCAGAACGAACCCCUCGCCAGCGUUCCAGUGGGCUGGCUAUUCCCUUAUGUGCAUUCCAGGGAACCGUGUCUCUCCAGGCACCUACCGGGAAAACUCUCUCUCUUUCUACUUAUGAGGUCAGUGCAGAAGGACAAAAGAUAACCCCUGCCUCUAAGAAAAUAGAAGUCUAUCGAUCAAAGAGUGUGGGCCACGAACCAAACUCGGAGGAGUCUCCCUCUACGUUUGCGGACACCAGCGUGAAAAUACACUUGGAGGUCCUUGAAAUUUGUGACAAUGAUGAGGCUUUGGACACUGUGUCAAUUAUCAGCAACAUCAGCCAGUCCUCCACCAAAGUCAGGUCUCCUUCUUUGCGCUACUCGAGAAAGGAAAACAGAUUCGUCUCAUGCGACUUAGGAGAAACUGCCUCAUAUUCCCUCUUCUUACCCACAAGUGAUCCUGAUGGUGAUAUCAACAUCUCCAUUCCAGACACUGUGGAAGCACACAGACAGAACAGUAAGCGGCAGCAUCAGGACAGAGAAGGGUACCAGGAAGAGAUCCAGCUGUUAAACAAAGCCUACCGGAAAAGGGAAGCAGAAAGCGAGGGUAGUUAGGCAGUGCCUCGUCUAACAGGGCCAGAACAGCUCUGCAACCUUGGACUGCAAAACUUGCUCUAGUGCUAAGACUCAUUUCCCUCUUCCUUCUAAUCAUAGGCUUACAUAAGCUUUCCUGGUUAUUAUUUGGGGGGGGGGGGUUUGACUUGCCAUAAUGCAUACAUAAAGUGCAUUUCAUAUACUACUUAAAGAUCAUACACUGUGGUGAUUGAACAACUUUGUGUCUGGUUUCUAAAACCUUUCUAAACCAAAUCUUGACCUAGUUUGCUAAUAUUUUGCCUAUUUAUGAAAAGAACACGCUGCUUUCAUGCAUGAGUUUCUGCACACAUGCUGCUUUUUACUACAAGAGGGAAAAGAGAUGUUGUGGAAAUGGAAAAAAAAAUUGCACCAAAACUCUGAGUUGUAUUUGAAUACAUAUUUGUCUAGUCUAGCCAAACAAGCUUAUUUCAGUGACUGCUUUAGCCUUUCAGUGGUCUAGGAAGUAUGUUUUUGUGUAAUAAGACAAAUUAGCUUCUAACAUGGAAAUUUAGAAAUAUGUAUAGCCCUAGUCUACUGUUAUUUCAUUUGUUGUUAUAAAAUUCAAGUAGUUUAGUGAGUGGUUCCGUUUGUCUCUAUUGAAUAUAUCUUUCCCUUUUCAGUGUGUCUAGAUCACUCUUAGAUAUUCGGCAUAUUGCAAGUGGCAUUAGAAGUAAUCUUUAAUUCAAACAUCUCUGGAAAAUACUUGUGAGGUUUCUCUCCCUCUAACAAAUACCUGGGAUAUGCUUUAUUUGGAUUCAUGUGAUGUAGAAUUUUAAUUGAAAAUGUGUUGCAUUUGUUUAUACUGUGGAACAUUUGUUUAAUGAUGCAAAGGUAUGU